CCGUAGGGGUGGGGGUUGUAAAAAAAGGGGGGUGGGGGGGGGGUUGCGAUGGCGUUCGUGAUGGAGGGCCCGCUGAGCAAGUGGACUAACGUGAUGCAGGGAUGGCAGUACCGCUGGUUCGUGUUGGACUACAGCGCGGGCCUCCUCUCCUACUACACGUCCAAAGACAAGAUGAUGAGAGGGUCCCGACGGGGCUGUGUUCGACUCCGGGGAGCGGUGAUUGGCAUCGACGAUGAAGAUGACAGCACUUUCACCAUCACCGUGGAUCAGAAAACUUUCCACUUCCAGGCGCGCGACGCAGACGAGCGGGAGAAGUGGAUCGGAGCGCUCGAAGACACGAUCCAGAGGCACUCGCUGCAGCUGAGGGACCCCGAGCUGAACUUGACGCCAGGCGGCGGGGACUUUGAGCGGAAACUGGCGGAAGCUGACGCCUACCUGCAGAUCCUCAUUGAGCAGCAGCAGUGCUUCGAUGAGAAGCUCAAGCUGUGCAAGGACGAAGAGCAAAGGAGGAAGGUGGGAGAACUCAAAGGGAUCUCCAUGAACAUGGUGGAGUCCAUAAAGCACUGCAUCGUCUUGCUGCAGAUCGCCAAGAGCUCGCUGAACCCGGUGGAGGCGGUGAGGAGCGGCGACGGAGAGGAAGCGGCGGUGGUGCUCGCCGGUACGGCAAGCGGCCGCCCGGAGCUCACGCGCGCCGGUUCCCACGGCACCGCCGGGGAGCGGCAGGCGGGCGGAGGGUCGGCGGAGUCGCGCCCCACCACCCUCGACGUGUCCUCCCCCGCGGCACCGUCGCUCGGCAUCGCCAAGUCGCCGCCGGCGCCGCCGCACGCCGGCGCCGGCAACGGGGAGGACGGCUCCGGCAGCAGCGGCGGCGGCGGUGACGACGACGACGACGACGACUUCGAGGAGGAGGCGGCGGUUGUGUUGACGUCGCCACGCGACGCCGCCGGAGUCCCACACAUCUCCUACUCGAGCAGCGAGGACGAGUUCUACGACGCCAACGACAGCGACGCCAACGACAGCACGUCGCCCAAGCCCCCGCGCACGUCAUUGGGAGCCUCGGGCCUCAAGCACCCCGCCACCACCGAGUCGCUGGUCUCCAUCGCCUCGGGCUGCACCAACGACGAGCGCUACGACGCGCAGGACGAAAACGACUCGGAGGAGGGGGAGUCGGUGGAGGACCACAAGAGCGUCAUCAUGCACCUGCUGUCCCAGGUCAAGCUGGGCAUGGACCUCACCAAGGUCGUGCUACCCACCUUCAUCCUGGAGCGGCGCUCGCUGCUGGAGAUGUACGCCGACUUCUUCGCUCACCCCGACCUCUUUGUCAGCGUGGCGGGCGGCGUGGACGCGCGCGAGCGCAUGGUGGGCGUCGUGCGCUGGUACCUCUCCUCGUUCCACGCCGGGCGCAAGGGGUCCGUCGCCAAGAAGCCGUACAACCCCAUCCUGGGCGAGACGUUUCACUGCCACUGGACCGUGCCCGACCACCACCACCAGCAGCAGCAGCACCAGCAGCAGCAGCAGCAGGGAGAGGUCGUGGCGGCCGUGCCGGCAGCCCCAGCGGAAGAGACCAGCCAGGAGCUGGCGGCGGACGGGCCGGUCCCGUGGGCGACCAAGGGCAGCGUGACGUUCAUUGCCGAGCAGGUGUCUCACCACCCGCCCAUCUCGGCCUUCUACGCCGAGUGCCACUCCAGGAGGAUCCAGUUCAACGCUCAUAUCUGGACCAAGUCCAAGUUCCUGGGCAUGUCCAUCGGCGUGCACAACAUCGGGCAAGGCUGCGUCUCUCUGCUGGAUCACGACGAGGAUUACAUCAUCACCUUCCCCAACGGAUACGGACGGUCUAUCCUGACGGUGCCGUGGGUGGAGCUGGGAGGGGAGUGCACAAUCAGCUGCGCCAAGUCGGGCUUCACGGCCACCGUCAACUUCCACACCAAGCCCUUCUAUGGCGGCUCCAAGCACCGCAUCAGCGCCGAAAUCCUCUCCCCGAACGAGAAGAAGCCCUUUGUGUUGAUCGAGGGCGAGUGGAACGGCACGAUGCACGCCAAGUGGAGCACGGGGGAGAGCAGCGUCUUUGUGGACACCAAGUCCAUUCCCAUCACCAAGAAGAAGGUGCGCAGGAUCGAGGACCAGGGAGAGUUCGAGUCACGGCGGCUGUGGCGUGACGUGACGAGCAGCCUCAAGGCGGGGGACAUCGACCGCGCCACCGACGCCAAGCACUACCUGGAGGAGCAGCAGCGGGCCGAGGCGCGCGGGCGCAAGGAGAGCGGGGACGCCUGGCGCACCAAGUUAUUCCACGAGGAUGGAGAGUGCUGGAUUUACGACAACCCUCUCAUCAAGAGGCUGGCCCCGGCUCAGGAGUGACAGAGAACACUCCGACACUCCGACACGCCACGUAUCGUUACACCCCGAUGUCAACUAUAAGCCGUGAAGUUUUUUUUAUUUUACCAGGCAAGGCCCCGCUGAGCGAUGCAGCUCUUUUUUUCAGACACGACCCGGCCAUCACAAACGAUAGCUCAACCAAGUGGGGCAUCAUCAUCAUCGUCGUCGUCGUCGCGUGGAAAUUUACAGCAGCCAAAUACUCCUAAACGCGUGGCGACGUCGCUUGUGAACGUGGAGAGAGGAAAAACCCGAGGACCCCGGAGAAAAUUCCACGCGACCAUCACGGGCAGAGAGAGACACGCAGACUCCAAAUAUACAGCAGCAGGCGUCGGGGUCAAGAUCGAACCCACGACCUCUUGUACACCAGGCGAGGUAGUUAACAUCUCCUAGCCACCGUGAUGAUGAUGAUGAGAGAGAGAGACACGCAGACUCCAAAUAUACAGCAGCAGGUGUCAGGGUCAGGAUCGAACCCACGACCUCCUGUAUACCAGGCGAGGUAGUUAACAUCUCACCACGGAGAAAGACACGCAGACUCCAAAUAUACAGCAGCAGGCGUCAGGAUCAGGAUCGAACCCACGACCUCCUGUACACCACGUGAUGUGCCACCCGCUACAAGGCACCCCUCGCUACCGCUACGCAGCAGACGGCACGCUUAGAAACGCACCCCGACCUCAUCCCAACAUGACAACGCUCGCCACCGUUACGCUACCGGCGACGAACAGCACUUUCCUCCCCGUGUGGCCUUCAAAAGCCUGUCCAAGGCGACACGGGGGGGGGAUCUUUGUCUCUGUGACUCGUGCAGCGAGCAAUCAAUCCCCUCUUCCCUCGCCCGCCAAUAUUCCAGCGUGGCCCCACGCGCGGCUUCCAGGGAGGUGGUCUCGGGUACGCGAGACCAUUCCUGUCCCCAACCCGGGGUCGGGCGGCGGGCGCGAUCUGUCCGGUGAAUUUUUUGCAGCGCUCCGUCUAUAAAUCUCGGCCGCAAAUAUCGUCGUCGCCUCCGCCGCCAUCACUUACAGCUUCCCCCCCCCCCCCCGGCCCGUGAACACAGCGAGAGAGAGAGAGCGAGGAUGGUGCGUGCGUGCGUCUAAUGACCAAAGCGGGAGACGCUAAAGAUUUAUUUGCGUGUAAAAAGAAAACAGUUGCCGCGCGUGCCGAAGCGACGAUGCUAGCGCCGCCAUCACCGUCGGCAUCGAAGUCACCGUUGGCGUUGCCGUCGGCGUCAUUGUCGGCGUCACCGUCGGCAUCACCGUCGGCGUCACCGUCGGUGUCAUCGUCGGCAUCGCCGUCGGCGUCGCCGUCGGCGUCGCCGUCGGCGUCACCGUCGGUGUCAUCGUCGGCAUCGCCGUUGGCGUCGGCGUCACCGUCGGCGUCACCGUCGGCGUCACCGUCGGCGUCACCGUCGGCGUCAUUGUUGGCGUCGCCGUUGGCGUCGGCGUCACCGUCGGCGUCACCGUCGGCGUCAUCGUCGGCGUCGCCGUCGGCGUCAUUGUUGGCGUCGCCGUUGGCGUCGGCGUCACCGUCGGCGUCACCGUCGGCGUCAUCGUCGGCGUCGCCGUCGGCCACGGUCCAUCCGGAGUUACGGAAUUCCGCGCCUCGCUGUCGCUUGCCCACCAGAUUUCUGAUGCACGGUCGAUUCGGCGAAGUGCCAAUCACCCUUGAAUGUAUGAUGAACCUGUUCAAAAUUAAUAUGCAAAUAAAAUGCAUUCGGUGUAUUCUGCAGAUGCUGAACUGUG